UAUUCACAACGCUAAGCUUUGACAGCUUGAACAUUUUCUGAAAAUGGCAGUGCCCGAACAGAAGGUGAUCUUCAUCCUCGGUGGCGGACCACGCAUUGGUCAUGCCGUGGCCAAGAAGUUCUUGAGCCAAGGGUACAAAGUUGCCAUCGGCAGACGCAACACUGAGAAGACGGAACUGGACGGUGUCUUGCCUGUUUACGUCGAUGUUACACAGCCGGAGACGAUCGAGGAAGCAUUCCGCGAGGUCGAGUCAAAGCUAGGAGUUCCAAGCACCGUGGUAUACAAUGCUGCCGCACUUACCUUCCCCCCCGACAACGACCCGUUCGGCGUGGAUCCGGCGGACUUCAGUCGCGAUCUCGCGAUCAACGUGGACGGCGCGUAUGCCGCUCUCCACCAUGCGACUCGCCUCGCCCGGCGCCGCAACGUCUCCCCUCUUGCUUUCAUCGCAACGGGCAACGUCACUCCCUUCAAGGCGCACCCGCUCGCAGUGACCCUCGGCCCCGGCAAGUCCGCGCUGGCGCAUCUCAUCUCGCUCGGGACGAGUGCCUACGACGCGAAGGAGUUCAGGUUUUACUUCGCUUCCCAGGUUACCGAUGACGGUGGCCCGGUCCCGUAUCCGGAGGUGAGCGGCGAGGCGCAUGGAGAGGCCUAUUGGAGGCUGGUGAAUGGGGAGAGAGCUGAGUGGGAUGUGAGGUUUACUGCAGCCCCUGACAGCUCUCCAAAGUUCGCCUGAGGGGCGGCGGUCUUGACGUCUGUCAUCCGUGCUUAUUUGGCUGUCGGGAAUGCUCAGCACCGUCGAUGCCCCGAUCUCGUUGCUCACCACUCUCAGCGGUAUUUAGUGGAGAAACUGAGCCACGAUUCUCUG